GCGCAACGGUCGCACGAAAAGAGCUCCCACUCGUGGUUCAGAUUCGGUUUCGGUUUGGUUUGGCUUUUGGAUCGGACUCCGACUUGCCAGUUCCCAGGAGCGGAUAUUAGAACAGUGCGACAAAUUAAAUAAUAAAGUGGCAAAAGGCGAUCAAAGAAGGCGCUUCGACUGCGUAGGUGUACGGGACGGGAUAGCAGAUCACAGAAAGUGAAGUGGAGCCAGUGCAUCCGAAAGUGUUUCCCCGAAAGUGUUUCCAUUAUCAUUGCAAUCACCGAGGCUUGGAUUGGUUCGACUGGGCAGCAUGCAUGUGGCGCUGCUCGUUCUCGGCCUGCUGUCCUCCAGUGCGUUGGCCAACGGUUCCUCCUCGUCCUCAUCCUCCUCCUCCACAUCCUUGUCCAAUCAACUGCGACGACAGAAGGUGGCACACUGGUUCCGGGACAGAAACGAUGUCAAGGAUAAGAUUCUCGAGCUGCAGUGCCUGGCCAGAUGUGGCAGCAAUCCUGCGACGAAGGGUGAACAAUGCGUGGACAAGUGCACGCAGGAAUUGAGACUGGCGCCGCGAGCCGGAAGUUGUCCCAAGAACGGACGGCAGACGGUGGACAGGCUGUCCUGCCUGGACAACUGUCAGUUCGAUCACGAAUGCCCCGAGGUGCAGAAGUGCUGUGCCUUCAAUCAUUGUCCCAUUUGUGUGGAGCCGCUGGGCGUGAGAAACAACACCCAGCUGCCGCCGAUACCAAAGAUCCUGUACUUCAGGACGUCUCGGGGUCAUGCCGUCGAUCUGAAGAUCGAGUCCUCGCUGCUGGUCUACUACUUCCACGUGGAGGUCCGCUCGCACAUUGGACAGCACUUUGCGGCCAGGAAACUCGGACCUUGGCAAUGGCAGAAGGUGGAGAAGACCAUGGAGGAGAACAUCGGUCGCAGCAAGCACACCUAUAUCUUCUUCCACAUGCGACCUUGUCGAUGGUACCAGGUUCGGGUGGCUGCCGUAAACGCGUUUGGAUUCCGAGGAUAUUCCGAGCCCAGCGAUCCAUUUCCCUCGACAGGCAAUCCCAAGCCACCGAAGGCGCCCAGCGACUCGAGGAUCACUGCCAAGCAGUUCGAUGGACGCUAUAUGAACGUGAAGCUGGAGUGGUGUCCCUCCAAGUCAAACCUGCCGGUUGAGAAGUACAAGAUCAGUUGGUCCUUGUACGUGAAUAGUGCACAGGCCUCGAUCCUCACCCAGGACGACUAUGUAAAGGAUACCCGCCAGUUCGAGAUCCAAAAACUACUGCCCGACUCCUCGUACUACAUCCAGGUGCAGGCCAUCUCGUACAUCGGUUCGCGUCGCCUCAAGUCCGACAAGUGUUCGAUGCUCUUCAACACGACGCUGCAGCCCCUUGAGCCGAUCACUCCGCUGCAGUGUUCGGGGAACGGGAACAGACGCCGCCACCAUCACAUUAGCACCUCCAUCAUUUUGGAGCGGGCCACGACCCCGGCGCCAACAGGCCUCAACGAAGUUGCGCCCACCAUGGAGAACCGGACAGCGAGCACGACGUAUAAAGUGGGUUUCCGGCACAACCGGAAGUUCGGCAUGAUUGUGCAGAUUGUGGGCUUCCAGCCACACAAGGAGAAAGUCUUUGAACUGUGUCCCCAGGAGACCAACUGUGAGCAGCGAGAGUUCCGCGCCAUUCGCGCCAAAAGGGACCCGCUGGAGUUCAGCAAACUGAAGUACAACACCACCUACGUCCUGAAAAAUCCGCGCUCCAGUCCAAACUCCGUGCUGGAUGACUCAAGCAAUGUGUUCACCUUCACCACGCCCAAGUGCGAGAACUUCCGCAAGAGAUUUCCCAAGCUGCAGAUCAAGUGCAGCGAUUAACCUUCGGCGAAUGGGCCCAACCCACUGCUGACCAUGAGAUUACACUAGAUUGUAAAUAAUUGUAUGUAAAACUUAACUUUUACUUAUUGUUAGACUAAAGGACACACAACAAAAGAGAAACCUUA